GCAAUUAAGAGAAACUCGAAAGUUUCGAGAAAGCGAUCAAUGGAAAGCAUUCCAGAAUAUUAAAGAUAAUCUUCGAAUGAUGCUUGAUUAUCUAAUUCCAAUAUUUACACAAUUAAAUGAUGACAAGUUUAGUUCUAUAAUUGAAGAAAUAAUUAACACUCGAAAAACAAAUAUAUGUAUUCAAAGAAAAUUGCUUGAUCUCCUAAUUCUGAUAUUCUUUCAACUAAACGAUGACGAUUUAGUUUUAGAUAAUAAAGGAGAGAUAAUUUCUACAUAUCUACAAAAAAAAGCACAUGAAUUUGUUGAUGCUAGUCUUUAUAAACCUAAUAAUACUAUUGGUUCAUUAGAAUUAAAAAAUAAAAAUUUAAAUUAUAAAAUUCAAAGCUUAAAAAGAAAUAAGUUUACCACUAAUGCUCUACUUCGCUCAUUUUCUAUAAAAGUUGCAAGAGCAAAAAAUUCAAAACAAAAACAAAUCUCAAAAAUUCGAUCUGCUAUUCGUAAAGCAAACAAAAUUCGACUUGCCCAAUUUCAACGCGUAGCAAACAAAUUAUUUAAAAUUAAUAAUAAAGAAUAUAAUGCUAAAUUUGUUAAAUUAGCUGCUGAUAUAAGUAAUAUAGAUCAAACCUCUAUAUAUGCAACAGUAGAAUGCACUAAAAUCAUAUAUCAAAUUUUGACCAGAGAGAUGCCACAGCAUUGGGUAACUCCAUUAACUUUAUCAUGA